AACACCUUCAUCAGCUUUCCUCCACAUCGUCAUGGGUAACUACGGUUCGUGCACUUUAGCGACCCCUUUAAUCAAGAAUGGAAAAGCGGCAAGAGUCGUGCUUCCGGGCGGCGAGCUGCGGCAGUUUAGGGAACCGGUGAAGGCAGCGGAGCUCAUGUUGGAGUGUCCAAGCUUCUUCCUCGUGAAUUCCCAAUCUCUUCACAUAGGCAGGAGGUUUUCCGCACUGGGAGCCGAUGAGGAGCUGGAGUUUGGGAACGUGUACGUCAUGUUUCCGAUGAAGAGGUUAAACUCCAUGGUGACUGCGGCUGAUAUGGCCGUGCUUUUCCUGGCUUCAAAAUCGGCCGCCAAGCGGAUAUCUGGAGGGAAUGUUCGGAUCAUUCCAGAGACUAACGGCAGGGAAAGCUUGAAGGAAGGCGAAAACGAAAGAUCAAAACCGGGUUUGGAGGGAAUAGAUGAGGCGUUUCCGGUGCCGGAGAUGAACUACAGAUUACCUCUGCGUAGGUCAAGGAAGCCUUCCUUGGAGACAAUAAAAGAAGAGUCAGUUCCUAUUCGUUCAAGAUGAAAUAUGUUUUUUUUUUUUUAUUAGUAAACAUAGGAACUACGAAGAAGAAAAUUAGCUCAUUUUCUUUUCUUUUUCUAUUUGCUUUACUGUUUUUUUUCUCAAGCGGAGCAGAUAGAAGUAAUUUUGGAGUUUCUAUUUUUCACUUCGCUAAUUUUGGAGAGAAUUUGGUAUGUGGGACACGUAAUUGCAAGUGUGCUUGAGCUUAAUUUGCAGUACAUGGGUUAAUAAGAAUUGAUUUUUUUU